UAUCAUUCCAACUUCUGUUUUUGUAAGGUUGAUAUCAAACGUAUUUAUAGUCCUCUCCUCACACCACAACACAUCUCGCCACAUUACAACUCUGUGCUAUAUUUAAAAGUAACCAGGAUAUCACACGGCUUUGACCCCCAUCACGUCGGGCCGGACCGAGACUUGACCCACGGCUGUAUUGAUAGCUGACUACAUACAGCAUCACCUCACAUCGCAACAAUACGCGAAGUGACAAUUAUCUACAUUAAAACUUCCACCAAACCACGCCAAUACCACCGACACUACCAACAACAGUGACACCAUACAAAGCGAACACCAGGCAGAACUAAUAUUAGCCCGCGAUGUAUAAUAAUAACAGUUAAGUGCCCCAACAUCGCAUCCCCACGGGCGACAACUAUCUAUAUAUAAAGGAUAUCCACAUUUCAGGACCUCACAUACUCAUGCACAUGAUGUCGGCAGAACACAGCUAUUAAUUUAAGCUGACAAUACCUCGUUUUUACGGAACUCUUCCAGUAUCAUACAACAACCGCCGAGGCUCCUCCCACAGCGGACCAGAGUUGCUGUACACACAAAAAUACAUAAUACAUCAGGCAAACACCUAAACAACACUAUCAACAAUCAAACAAUACUAAAUACCACCCUUAACUAUACAAUCUACACCAUACGCCUCUUUCUAGACUAUAUAUAUUACAUUAAGUCGCCAUGCAUGCUUCUAUCUAGAGCGAAACGACAACGGUAAACAUAGUCACAGACGCAACUUUUCAAGAACACAAACUCAGAAACACUUCACACACAGACAGACACUCAUUCUUUCGUUCAUUCACUGACAUAUACUUGACUGUGACCCGAAGGAAAAAUGAUCUCAGCAAAGGGGUUAGUGCUAGCUCUGUUGUUGUUGGGGCUUUCGGGACAAACAUAUGCGUUGCAACCAGAGAAAUGGCUGGAGGAGUUCUCUGAAAGUUUGCGAAAACUUUACCAGUCUUCUAUUAAAACUAUGUGGGAUUACGAAACUGAUUUGACAGACGCCAAUCAAGAAAAAAUGGUUGAAGCUGAGCUGCAGCUCAUGGAUUUCCAAAAGAGAGCAGUAGAAAAUGCCACAAAACUGUUCAAUAUUUCGGAUAUUACAAAUGCAACCACUAAAAGAGCAUUUGUAUUCAUUACAAACAUUGGAACGAGUGCCUCAACAGACACAAAAAAACUUGAGAAGAUUGCUAACAUUGUUGCUUCCAUGGGUAAAGUAUAUUCAAGUGCCAAAGUUAAACUGAAUAAUAAGGAUGUACCUCUCCAACCUUAUGGUCUGACAAGUAUUAUGGCCAAAUCUAGAGACUACAUGGAAUUACAGAAUGUGUGGAAGUCUUGGCGUGAUGUCUCUGGUAAAGUUAUCCGGAAAGAUUUCAUUGACUGGAUCAAGUUAUCCAAUGAGGCCAUUAAAGAUGGCAAGUCAAUAUCAGGUUAUGAUGACCUCGGACAAUUUUGGCGUUCAGUAUAUGGACCUGACCUCAAAAAGGAUGUCGAGAAAUUACUGAAGCAGAUAAUGCCAUUGUACAAGUUAUUCCAUGCAUAUGUUCGGAGGAAACUAAAGGCAAAAUAUGGUCAAGAACAUUUUCCAAGCUCUGGGACAAUUCCAGCACAUCUUUUAGGAAACAUGUGGGCACAAGAAUGGAACAACAUCAAAGACAUUGUUCUCCCUACAAAUCUAAGCUUUGAUGUGACAGACACCUUACAACAGAGGAACUACACAGCUGAGCAGAUGUUUAAAUUGUCCGAAGGGUUUUUCAAAUCUCUAGGUCUCAAAGCAAUGACAAAAACAUUCUGGGAGAAAUCUAUUUUAACCAAAAUUCCAGACAAAACUAUGGUGUGUCAUGCUUCAGCUUGGGAUUUCUUCAAGAAAGAUGACUACAGAAUCAAGAUGUGUACAGAGAUCACAAUGGAGGACCUGAUUGUUAUCCAUCAUGAAAUGGGACAUAUACAAUAUUAUCAACAAUAUGCAGAUCAGCCAAUUUACUUCAGAGAAGGAGCUAAUCCAGGAUUUCAUGAAGCUGUUGGUGACACUCUUGCGUUAUCUGUAUCAACUCCAGAACAUUUAAAAAAAAUUGGCCUACUCAAAAAUUUCAUACAAUCAAAAGAGAGUUCUAUCAACUUUUUGAUGAUGGGUGCCUUGGAGAAAUUGGUGUUCCUUCCAUAUAGUUACAUUGUAGAUACAUAUCGAUGGAAGCUGUUUAGUGGAGAAAUCCCAGUUUCUGAAUAUAAUGAAGCAUGGUGGGAUAUGAGAUGCCAAUAUCAAGGUUUGAGUGCACCAGUUUCUCGAACAGAAGAAGAUUUUGACCCAGGUUCUAAGAUGCAUAUUGCCAAUGCUAUACCAUAUAUCAGAUACUUUGUCAGUCAUAUAAUCCAGUUUCAAUUCCAUGAAGCCUUGUGUAAAGCUGCUCAUUUCACAGGAGAACUGCAUAAAUGUGACAUAUAUAAUAGUACGGAAGCUGGGGAAAAAAUGGAAGCCAUGCUGAAACUUGGUUCUUCGUUGCCAUGGCCAGAAGCAUUACAUCAGGUGACUGGCUCCAGCAAAAUUGAUGCCACACCAAUGUUGAACUACUUCAAACCUUUGGAAGAUUGGCUGAAGAAUGAAAUGAAGAAUGAAGAUAUUAACUGGAAAUGUCCCAAGAAAAGUAAUAGUACCUCAAACUCACCAAAUGUUCUUGUACACUUCUUUCUUCUAUUGCUUACCAUUUUAGCUUCUUUUAAUUACUCUUAAUUAAAUAAAGAUAUAUAUAUAU